AUGGUGUACGUCGAGGCGACCGCUCAGAAGCCGGCGCCAUGGCCGAGGCGAGCGUCGGAGCGCGUCUUCGUCGAGUCGGACGAGAGCUGCAUCGAGGCGCUCAUCGGGAGGGCGCGGCCGGUGUCGGAGGAGGGGCGCGAGGUUGUGUUUGUGACCGAGACGGCAUUCGUCUCUGACGAGCUCGCGCUGCACGGCUACGGAGAGCUCCGGAUGCCUGAGCACGCCACGAUCGCACAGACCUCCGCGCACAACGCGCUCUUCGUCAAGGUCAGCGAGGUGUCCAGCUUCGUCAACCACAUGGUCGACGCGACGGGCCUGCUGCCCGCCAUGUUCGUCGCAAAGGCGCUCUCGUUGCCGUGCGUCUUUGCGCGCAAGCAGCGCCAGAUCUCGAUCUCAGACUCGUACCAGACGUCGUACAAGUACCUCAACCCGUCCGACCGCGUGCUCAUCAUCGACGACUUCCUCGCAGGCGGCCGCACCGCCGACGCGCUCGUGCGGCUGUGCAAGAUGGCGAACGCAAACGUGGUCGGCGGCGGCUUCCUGAUAGAGAAGGCGGCCGACGCGGGCCGCGCCUUCCUCUCCGGGUACCAGAUCCCGCUCGAGUCGAUCGCGCUGGUCGAGGUCAAGGACGGCACCAUCCACGUCAUCGAGCAGGACAGCCGCGAGGCGCCGGCGCAGCUGCAGUCCGAGGUGGCCGCCGUCGCGAGAAACUUUGACGACUCGCCCCCCGACGACGACGACGACGGUCUCGUCCGUCUCAGUGUCUGA